AUGAAGAUAUCUGUCUCCCACAGUGCUGUGUCACCCAUGUUUUCCCCUUUGACCCACACCUCCUCCUCGGUCAACAGCCUGGCUUUGACUCCAGACUCCACCACGCCAGCACUCAAUCCACUGACCAAUGCCAUGGCCCAGACAGAUGAGGUAGGAUACGGUCUAACUCUGGGUAGUCAGGGACUCUCCAGGACCAACAAUGACAGAGGCACUGAACAGCUCAUGGGGUUACCCUACUUGUCUUACUCAACCUGUCUCACCACCUCAGCUUCAGAGAGAACGGCACAACAUAGCCAUAUGACACAGCAGGACUUCUCCCAGUUCCUCCUGCCUCCCCCUCCGUCAGCCCUGCGGCAGUCCACCCAGAAAAGGGGUUUGAACAAAGACAGCGCCGAGUAUCGACUUCGACGCGAGAGAAACAACAUCGCGGUGAGGAAGAGUCGCGACAAAGCUCGUCGUCGAAUCCAGCUCACGCAGCAGCGUGCGCUCCAGCUCCAAGAAGAGAACCGUCAGUUGCAAACCCUCAUCAACCAGUUAACACAAGAGCUGGAAACGCUCCGGCACUUUCUGUCACAGCGCCACUUGCGGCCUAAAGUGGAGGAACAAACGCGGGGAGACAACUGUUGA